UCUAUCGAUAUUUCUAGAUUUAGUUGCCGCGAACCCGAAACUGCCAUGGGCGCAUUUCUUCAUCGUCAGCAGGAGAGCACGACUCUGGAAGAUUAAAUUUUCGAAAAGACUAGAAAACUCAAUGAAAGAUACAAAUUGGUUUCCAUGCAACCGAACUCCUAGAUCAGUGGCAGUACUUGGUGGUGGCGUGAGUGGGCUUGCUGCAGCAUAUAAACUUAAGUGUCAAGGUGUGGCAGUUACGGUCUUCGAAGCUGAUGAAAGAAUUGGAGGUAAAAUAACGAGCAUUUCACAAGAUGGCCUCAUAUGGGAGAAGGGGGCUAACACGAUGACUGAGAGUGAACCGGAAGUCAAGCAGUUGAUAGAUGAACUUGGAAUUCGUGGACAACAACAAUUUCCUAUUAUGCAGAACAAGAGAUAUAUUGUCAAAAAUGGUGAACCACAACUGCUACCUUCAAAUCCCUUGACAUUAAUUGGUAGCAAGUUUCUGUCUGCACGUGCCAAGGUGAACUUUUAUAUGGAACCUAUCUUAUGGAAGCGCCGAAAACCAGAAGAGAUUUUGGGGUCUGAUUCAAAACAAGAAAGUGUUGGAGACUUUUUUAGGCGUCACUUUGGUGAGGAGAUUGUAGACUACAUACUUGAUCCCUUUGUUGCGGGCACUACUGGAGCAGAUACUGAGUCUGUAUCAAUGCAGCAUGCUUUCCCAGAAAUGUGGGAUUUGGAAGAAAGGUUUGGUUCUAUAAUCAUUGGUGGGAUGAGAUCUAUUUGGUCAAGGAAAAAGACUGAAAAAGACACCAAAGUUUCUGAAGGGAAAAAGCGUCAACGUGGUUCUUUCUCAUUUAUGGGGGGACUGCAGACAUUAACCAAUGCGUUAUCCACAAAACUAGAAGAGGAAUCCCUGAAGCUACAGUCUUCAGUACUAUCACUGUCAUGCGAUCUACAUGGAAAUCCAUCUCAUAGCAGUUGGUCAAUUAAUUAUGCGAGGAAUGGUUAUAAGGACCCAGUACAGGAAGAAUCCUUUGAUGCAGUGAUAAUGACUGCGCCAUUGUGCAAAUUUCGAGAUAUGAAGAUAAGCCAGAAUGGGAAACCCUUUCCCCUUGAUUUUUUACCAAAUGUGACAUAUCUUCCAAUAUCAGUUAUAAUUACAACAUUUAAGAAACAAGAUGUCCAGCGACCAUUAGAAGGCUUUGGCAUCCUUGUUCCAUCAAAAGAAGAGAAAAAUGGUUUCCAGACACUAGGUACGAUAUUUUCUUCUAGCAUGUUUCCAGAUAGAGCACCAUCUGAUCAAUAUUUAUUUACAACAUUAAUUGGGGGUAGUCGGAACAAGAAUUUAGCUAAGAGUUCAUCGAAGGAGUUACAAGAAGUUGCACUGAAUGAUCUGAACAGGCUUUUAGGCAUAGAGAAAUACCCAUUAACAGUGAAACAUGUUUACUGGAGUGAGGCUUUUCCUCUUUACAGUCUAAACCAUAACUUAGUAUUGGAUGCCAUUGAUAAAAUAGAAAAAAAUCUUCCAGGGCUCUACUUUGCAGGUAAUUACAGGGGUGGAUUAUCUGUUGGAAAAGCAUUAGUUUCUGGAUUUAAAGCAGCAGAUCUUGCAAUCAAACAUUUGAGGUCAUUGGAUGGGACUUGUGAACCAUAGCUGGCAUUCAAACUAUGGCCAUAUCCUACUGACAAAACUAAGAAUUUGACUUGUCACGUUCUUAUUAUAGAAAGGAAUUCUCAUUUAAUUCUCAAAGCUAGUUUCCAAAAUAAUAUGGAUUGCAAUUGAAUAGCAGUUUGGCAUUAAUGCUAAAAUGAAUAACAAACCAAUGCUCUCUUGAUUUAGCCUUUGUACAAACAUUUGCAAACUGCAACAGAGAGAUGAUUGUAGUUAUGACAAUUUUGAAAUGAAAAGCAUAUAGUGCUUACUACAUUGUUUAUGUUC